AUGAGCCAUAGGCAUCGAGACUAUAACCUUUGGAACAUGUUGAAUCACGGCACGGUUAGGGAUGCCGCUUCUCCGCCGGUUGACGGAGCCCUUGAUCGUCCAAUUGUUGAGGAUCAGUUACUCGAGCAAAGCGAGCAAGAAGCACUGUUUUUGCCUCCGUCUUAUAAUGAUUUUUCCAAUGACGACGGCGAUGAACACAAGCCAUUGAUGAAUGAUGACGAGAAGAAGAACAAGAAGGAGGAGGAAAUGGUUGAUGAGCCAUAUUCGUUCGAUGAGAAGAAGAGGCUUGAAGACUUGGAAGCACAUCCUUUGAUUAAUGAUCCUAAAGCUCCAAUCAACAACAACAACAACAACAAAAUGAACAAAAAGCUUUGUGCUGUUGGACUUGCAUUCAAAGCUGCAGUAAUUUUUGGUAUUGUGUGGCUCGUGUGCUCGUUUUAUGGUGUCAAUGUCGGGUCUUGGUUUGGCUGUGACCACGCCAUGAGACCCCACUUGGCGAGUUUCGCUGACAUUGUCGAGUCUAUGGAUGGUGAAAAAAUUUACCACCCAAGUUUCCUUUUCAGAAAUGCCAUGGAUUUCGUCGAUACCACCGUCAACAUCGCUAGCAUCACCCCAGAAUCAAACGGCGAGAGUGACACCAGCAAGGCCAAAGAGAUUCAAGCUGUUUCGAACCCGUUUGUGCCUAGUCCCAGAUACGGCAAGCCAAUUUACAAGACUAUUUUGGUUAAUCACACCUUUGCCAACAGUUAUGGAAAGCCCUACGUUUCGAAAUUCUCUAUCCCAAAGAAUGUCACCUUCAACGCCGUGGUGUUGGAGUUGUUGACGGAAGUUGAUGGUGUUCAGUUUGACAGAUUGGCUCAUGUUGUUGUCAAUGAUGUUGAAAUAUGGAGAACUUCAACCAUUGAACCUGGUGGAAGAAAAGCAUUUAGCAUCUACAACAAGGAUGUAACCAAGUAUGCUAAAUUGUUUGAAGGUAAAGACAAUGAGAUUUUAUUUGAUUUGGGCAACCUUGUCAAUGACAAGUAUACCGGAGCUUUCAAUAUUACUUUGGCAGCAGAGUUCUUCCACUAUGAGCCUCAUGGUCAUGAUCACAACGACAAAAAGCCGCACAAGGGCCAUAAAGACCAUAAAGACCAUGAGAGUCACAAGGUUGACCAGUUGAUGGCACAAAAAAACAAAGGUUACGAAUCAGACUCGGACUCGGACUCGGACUCUGGCUCAGACUCAGAAGACAUUAAAGUUGAGCACGCAAAGCUUUCAGACUUGAUUGGCAGAAUCGGAGGCGUUCGAUUGAUCAAUUCACACUUGUGGGAUGGCGACAAGCGUGAGGAAAGACACGAGAGGGGCGAAGAACACAAAAGAGAGGAACCCAAGAGAAAGCACCACAAGGGUGGCCACAGGAAACACAAAAGGCCAGACCACAAAAAGCCAGAUCAUGAAAAGCCUCCUCAUGGUAAACCACCACACCCACCACAUAAACCUCCCCACGGACCACCACAUGAUAAACCACCACAUGAACCUCCCCACGGACCACCCCACGGACCACCCCACGGACCACCACAUGAACCUCCCCACGGACCUCCCCACGGACCACCCCAUGGACCACCCCAUGGACCACCCCACGGACCACCCCACGGACCCCCUCAUGGACCUCCCCACGGAAAGCUUCCUUAUUUGGCCCCCCACCACCCUGGGGCUCCUCACUCGGGACCUCAUUCAGGACCUCAUGAAAACCCAUACCAUCCACCUCAUGAAGAUGGCCAUUUGUUCAAGAUUAUGAGACCCGCAGACAAGGUUCACGCAUUGACCACAGCUGACAAGGGCCAAGCUCCUGUCGAUUACCUUGCGGCCAAGAGAUUGAAGGUCAAGUUGCCAACGGUUGCCAAGAAUACAACUCGUUUGCAGCUUGCCGUUUUCACUUCGGGCAACUCAGCAGAAGAGUUUUGGUACACAAACGUUCUCGAUGAAUUCAAGGACAUUUUCAAGGAGGAAGGAAACGAAUUCAUCGCCAAAGGACCCUUGAGAUUCGUCAAUAUUUACUUUAACGGCGAGAAGAUUGCUUCUCAAACCCCAGAACCUGUCAUUUUCACCGGCGGCAUCUCGCCUGCGUUGUGGUCUCCAGUGGUGUCGAUCUCAGCAUUUGAUGUUGGUGCCAUCGAUCUCGAUGUUACACCAUUGUUGCCGUUCCUUUGGGAACACCAAAACAUCGGCGACCAGUUUUUGGAGAUUGAAAUCAGUAAUGGUCUUGGUGAAGUUGGACUCUACAAUUACACUUCAGUUAACGAGAAUUGGGUAACUUCAGCAAACUUGUUGGCCUUUGAGCAUCCAGACGUGGUGGACUCGUCAGGUGCAUUGAUCAAUGUUGACCAUCGCGAUAGAGCAUCGGCUACCCCUAUUGCCAUUCCAUUCACCCAUUCCUUCCAGCAGAUUGUCAAUGGUAUCUUUAGUGCUCAAAUCAUCAGUGACUUGAGCUUCACCUUGAAGAACAACAAGACGUUGAACACCACAUUCAGUUCAUACUCCAAAGGUGAGAUAUCAAACAUCCAGCACUACGGCGCCGAUGGUAAUGUUCAACGGUUGGUCCAUGUGGGUCAUUCGUCAAGUUCGAUUUUCAUUGAAGAUAAAGACAUUGCAGCAGACCAUCAGCCAGAGACCGUGAAAUGCCACAAGAAGAAGUUGCCCUUGAAUCUUAUCCACUCGGUAGACACCUCGUUGAGCUACCCAUUGGUGUUGAGCACCACGUUGAAGCACAAGGAGAUUGGCAAUGACGCAGAUUAUGAUAUUGAGUUUGAUGUCCACAUUGUUGACGUUAGCGAUUUGGAAAUGAAGUUUGACGGCAAUUUCGCCGACAUCAACAUCAGAACUCGUCAAAAUGGAACUUCGACUUUUAUUCUUUCCGAUAAGGGCAAUCACGGAUUCGGAAGUUUGACUACAAAGUACAAGAACAGGAUUGACUUUGGCAAGGACUUUAAGAAGGGGUUCGAUAGAAGAGUAGAUGCUGUGAAUGGAACCGUUGUUCACGAGCAGUUGGAGUUUCGUCCACGCGGACACGGCCGCCACCACCGCAAGCCAAAACACCAUGGCAAAGGAAAUCACCAUGGAGCAGGAAAAAAUUUCCACGACAUGCACGGAGAGCACAGAGGCGAAUCGUUGUCGCUUUGGAAGAGAAUCAUGGCUAAAUUUAUGAGACGUCCAUGCACGAGACCAAGCGCAGUUGGAAUCUUGGAUGCCCCCUUCUGGAAAUUUGCAGGUCCACGUCGCUUGGCUCGCCAAUUAUUGAGAACUUUUUCUGAAAAUAAAAAUGACGGGUUUAACCUAAGGUCCGCGCAUGGUUUUGAAAGCCCACGUUUAGGAGACUGA